AUUGAGACGUCGCUGCUUGCCCCACCGGCCAACACUCCUCUUAAAUUUCCCACAUGGAUUCAGCCAUUCCAUUCAAAAGAUCGAGCACACCGCAGCAGAACCACCACCAAUCAGCAUGGCGUUCAGGAAAUUUGUGGAAACUGGCCGUGUUGCCUUCAUUGCCGAUGGACCCAACGAGGGCAAGUUGUGCGCUAUUGUCAACAUUAUUGAUCAGAACAGGGUUUUGGUUGAUGGACCUCUGACCGGGAUUACUCGCCAAGAAAUGAGUUUGAAGAAACUCCAUCUUACAACUUUAGGCGUCAAGUUUCCUUGGACCGCCCCGACUAGAGUUGUUCGAAAAGCGUGGAUCGCUGAAAAGAUAGAUGAAAAAUGGAAAGCUUCGAGGUGGGCUCAACGUGUCGCAGCUCGUAAAAUCAGACAAAAUCUUACUGAUUUCGAGCGAUUUAAGCUGAACUCUGCAAGGCGGACUAGAAACAAGCUGCGAAGGAACGUAUACUUGUCUCUCCUGACAAAGACGAAGAAGAGCACCGGUGGGAUCUUGAAGCCACGUAAAUCCAGGAAUGGAAAGAAGAAGGCUGGAGCGAGAAAGAAGUAAUUCCAUUCUACGACUCUUCUGUUAUAAAAUUUGUAUUGAAAGCUGAAUAAAAAUUAUUCACCAAUUCAAACCA